AUGGCAACCCCCAGCAGUCAAAUGGUUAUGUACCUGGUGCUACGAAGGGAUUUGCUGAAUGCCCCUCUGAGCUGGCCGAUCGGGGCCGUGGCAACGCAGGCAGCGCAUGCUGCCUCGGCAGCAAUGUGGAUAUUUAGAAAUGACCCAAACACCGAGGUCUAUACGAGCGAGCUGGAUUCUAUGCACAAGGUGACGCUUGGUGUGGAUAGCGAAGAAGAACUUGCAAAAGUGGUUACGAAGCUCGAGGAGAAGAAGCUUGAUCAUAAGGUCUGGAUCGAGGACAACAUGCGCGUCUGCGUGGCCCUGAAGCCCUACCCGAAGAAUGACGUCAAAAAUGUGAUCCGAUCGCUGAAGCUCUUC